GUAUGGGGUCGGACUGACUCACUGGGUCCGGACCAGGACUAUAUAUAAUCUCAGGCUCGCUGGGAGACAAAGAGGCACACCAGAAAAACAACCAGCAAAUCUAUCACUGUGGAAAGAAGUGUCUUUGGAAUCAAUACACAGACCUAAUCACCAUGUCACAGCCUGGUGAGGUGAAGAAGAAGAAGCGUCCCCCGAUGAAGGAGGAGGACCUGAAGGGAGCGCGCAGUAAACUGGGACUGAAAGGCGAGGUCAAGAGUAAGACCUAUGAGGUCAUGGUUGAGUGUGAACGAAUGGGCAAAGUGGCUCCUUCUGUGUUCAGUGGGGCAAGGUCAGGGACAGAGACGGUCCUGGUCAAGUCUGCUCCUGCCAAAGCUCCUGGAGCCAGUGUGUUCAGCAAGUAGACGCCCUGCAGGAUGAACCGGACAGCGCCGAAGAAGCUCACGUUGUAGUCUUCAUGGUACUUGUUGUGUUAAUGUGUCAAUGUUCUUUUUAAAGUGGGAUUUAAGUGGGGUUGAAUGGGCUGAUUCUGUUGCAGUCGUGUAUGUUGACAUAACUGCUGUGUAAUUAGUUUUGGCAUGUUGCAGUUUGUUCAGUGAAAUACACUUGGCAUGAUGUGGCUGAUAAACAGUAGAUUAAUUAUUUGUCAGUGCCUCCAAAGAGUGAAAAAUAUUUGCUUACUUGUCCAUUUUGUACUUGAUGAUUUUUCCUAAAUAAACUAUUGUUGCCUGUAUUGAA